CCCCUCACCCCUCACCCAGAACAGUACAAAAUAGCAGGGGAGCACAGGCACAUGCCAAAGAAAUAUCAGGCAAAACCAGAGGUCCCUGUGUGAAAACAACAACUUUCAAGUCAACUUUCAAGUCAAGUGUGUGUUCCAGGACAGAAAACCUUUAUCUUCUGGAAUGUUCUGACAGCAGAUAUUCUUUGGAUUUCUCAGACUGUGGGGUCACUUUUGUCUGCUUUUUAAAUAACUUAUGAUCUAACUGAAGAAGGGAGGAAAAAAUAACUUUAAAUUCUUUAAAAUAUUGUGGAUAACAAGAAAGAAAUUGGUGUCAGCAGCUCAGGGACAAAAAAAAGGAAGCAAGCCAGAUUUUAUAGGCAGAACAUGGAGAAUUAUACCAGCUUGCAGGAUUUCAGUGAGAGCGUCUCCCCCGGAGGCAAAUCUCCCAGUCUCCUGGAAAACCAGGCCAGUCCAGGGGUGGGGGCCAAGCAGGCGACAGGAUGCAUGAGGAGCCGGGCCACUGCUGUUCUCGUCAUCUCCCUGCUGCUCUCCAUCUGUGCCAACAUCGCCCUGAGCGUCCUGCUGUACAACAGACCUGUGAAUACUGGCAGCUCUCGGGCAGGGAUAGUGGGAGAGACAUCUGCUCUCACCCAAAAGUACAAUCUUCUCAGCCAGCGCUACACCACUCUCUGCGGGGACUACCACACCCUGGUCCAGAACUGCACAGAACCAGGAAGUGCGGUGAAGCACUGCACACCCUGCCCCCCGAGCUGGGUGGAGUUCAAGGACAAGUGUUACUACUUCAGCAAAGACAAGCUGGACUGGGAGAGCAGCAAGGCCAGCUGUGAGAGUCUGGGCAGCCACCUGGUUGUCCUGCGCAGUCAUGGGCAACACGAGGCCCUGGAGCAGGAGGUGCGGAGACUCAGAGAGCUGGACUACCACUUCUGGAUUGGUCUGUCGGACAGGGAGACCGAAGGGGACUGGAAAUGGGUGGACAACUCCCCUGUCAACUUCACGUACUGGAACGUGGAGAAUUCCCAGCCAGAUAACCACCUGUCUGGCGGUAUCCAUGGAGAAGACUGCGCGGUUCUGAAUUCAAUCCACAAAUACUGGGCUGAUGUGCCCUGCGACUUCCUGUACAAACGGAUUUGCGAAAUGAACGCUGUUAAGAUGAACUGAUUGAUUUUACCACAGCCCAACUGGGAAUAAGGAUCUAGUUAUUUAGCUUAAAAUGAUUUUUGAUAUUUUGAUUUUUGAUAUGUUUUAUCAUGGUCUUUUAUCUUAAAUCAAAUCUAAUUAAAAAGUGUUUAGGGCUGUUUCCUGAAUAUAAUAAAUGAUUCUUUCACUAAAAACCUUAGCGAAGGUAUGAUGUUACAGAAUGGUACAGCUUUGUAUAGAUGGAUGGUGAUUUUUAAUCAUGGAUGUGACGAACUGAGACAUAUGUUACAAACUGUGUAAAGCAGAAGAACAGUGAAGAACAAUAAAAACUGACCACACACUGGA